UUCAGAAUCUACGAAUAUGAAAGAUAUACAAAUACAAACUAUCCACCGUUAAUCAACUCACCUUCAAAAUUCAUAUAUACCGUUAAUUUCCCACUGAAGUGUUAGUUUCUCCAUUUUCCUCUUACUUCACGUCUUUAACAACCAAAAUCCCUAAUUCCCAAAUUCCUAAAUCCCUAAAUUCAAUCAAAUUCCCCCAAUUUUUGUAAUCAAAUUCAAAGAUUAUCUUCGAGCUUGCAUUUUUGGAUGAAAUUAUGAGCCAUUUGAGGUCAAUUUGCAGACCAAAUGCUGUGGUUUCUUCCUUUGUAUGUUGUUGCAGAAUUAGGGUUCAUAUUUUUGGCGCCAAAUCAUCUUCCAGGGUUCCUUUUUCAAAACCUAGUUUAAGUUCGUUUCCUUCUCUUUCCUCCGAUUCGUCGGACUUUUAUCGGAGUGAGCCAUGGUUGCGUCUGAAUCAUCGGAGAUAUGUUGCUCGUGCUUCCAAUUGGACCGGCGAGAAAUCUCCCUACGAUGUUCUUGAGCUAGAGAGGGAUGCAGAUGAAGAGCAAAUAAAAGUUGCUUAUAGGCGCCUCGCCAAAUUUUAUCACCCUGAUGUCUAUGAUGGUAGAGGCAAUCUUGAGGAAGGUGAAUCAGCUGAAACCCGAUUUAUUAAAAUUCAAGCAGCUUAUGAGCUGCUUGUUGAUGGAGAGAAGAGGAGAAAUUAUGACAUGGAAAAUCGAGUGAACCCUAUGAAGGCAUCUGAAGCAUGGAUGGAGUGGCUCAUAAAAAAGCGAAAAGCAUUUGACCAGCGGGGUGAUAUGGCAAUUGCAGCAUGGGCUGAGCAGCAGCAGCGUGAAAUGAACUUGAGAGCACGACAACGUGCUCGAUCAAAGGUUGAUCCUGAAGAAGAGAAGAGGAUCCUGGCAAAGGAAAAGAAGGCAUCUGUAGAAAACUUUCAGACUACACUUAGGAGGCAUACACUUGUUUUGAAGAAGCGAGACUUGAUGCGCCGUAAGAAAGCUGAGGAGGAAAAGCAAAAAGAGAUUCGCCGUCUGUUAGCCGCAGAGGGAUUUGAAUUGGAGAAUGAAGAUGAGUAGGUAACUAGGUACAUGUUUGGAUGCAGUUUCUGUUCUUGUAGGUUUUCAACUUUAUUAUGUAUACGUCUUCAUUUAUUGGCAUAGUUGAUAGUUCUGUACAAAAAUGUAUAUACAUGCUGGAGAAGGCAAGCAGGUUAUUUAUGAUAGAAAAAGAAAGGAAAGAAAUGAAAUGGGGAGAAUUCAUGACA